CUUCCGGUUCAGUUUACGUUGCAACAUCUGUGUACUGAUCCAGGACUUAUCGUUCUUUCGUGUUUCCUUUAUCCUAAACAAACGCGUUUCUUCAAAGCGCUUCCAUCAAGAAAUACCCAAAUGCUUCUCGACUUGUCUUCAACAUGCGACAUAGUACUACUAACUGAAGGCCAACGCAAUCCCAAACAUGAAGCUAAAGAGUGGAGACGAAGAUGAGGAGAGGAAAUCCAGUCCAUGACGAGCAACUGACAAACGAAAGAAAAUGAUGUGUCCAGCAGAUGUCACUGGAGGAGAUCUUCACCCUGAGAAGCAUGAUCCACUCCAUGUCAAAAAGGAGGCAAAGUUGGAGAUGCCGUACAUCAAACAGGAGGCGGAGCAGGAAACCCCCUACGUUAAAGAAGAAGAACAGGAAGAGAAAAUCACCAAGUGUACAAUGAUUAUCAACACGAAGAGUAAAGAAGAUGAAUGUCCAAGCGAAGAGAGCAGAGCAACGAAACCUUUGGGCGACACCUCAUGUCAGCACCUGACAAUAAAAGAUGAAGGACGACCGCAGCCGGACAGCCUCUUAGCGCCACUCUUGGACAUUGAAGAUGUAACAUCCCACUCAUCUGACACUGACACUAAUGAGGAGGAUGUUGGCUUUGACCAAAAUGCUUCGAAAUCCUUAAACAAUUCAUCAUCAAAAAGAGAGAUUAAAAAAUGUGUGGUUGGAAAACCUUUUCCCUGCUCACUUUGCGACAAAAGAUUUUCACAGAAGACCGACAUAGAAAAGCAUCAGCGUACACACACUGGAGAAAAGCCUUUUGUCUGCACAUUUUGUGGUAAAAGAUUCACCGAGAAGGGAAAUUUAAACAAACACACAAGCACACACACUGGAGAGAAGCCUUUUGCCUGUUCCUUAUGUGAGAAAAGAUUUUGUCGAAACAAUGAAUUGAGAAGACACACGUAUACACACACUGGAGAGAAGCCUUUCGCUUGCUCCUUAUGUGACAAAAGAUAUUCUCGGAAGCAUCAGUUAAAAAUACAUAGAAGUAAACACAAUGGAGAAAAGCCUUUUCUCUGCUCAAUUUGUGGUAAAAGAUUUACUGAGAAGAGAACUUUAAACACACAUGCAAGAUCGCACAAUGGAGAGAAGCCUUUUGCCUGCUCACUGUGCGAUAAAAGAUUUUGUCUGAAACAACAGUUAACAAGACACAUGCGUACGCACACUGGAGAAAAGCCUUUUCCCUGCUCAGUUUGCCAUUUAAGCUUCUGUCAGAAGAGAACUUUGAAGAGACACGCAAGAACACACACUGGAGAGAAUCCUUUUGUCUGUGCAUGUUGUGGUAAAACAUUCACCGAGAAGGUAGAAUUAAACAAACACAUAAGCACACACACUGCAGAGAAGCCUUUCGUCUGCACACUUGGCAAUGAAAAAUGUUCUGAGAAAUCUGAUUUCGAAACCCAUAAGUGUAAACACACUGGAGAAAAGCCUUUUCCUUGCUCAGUUUGCCAUAAAAGAUUCUGUCUGAAGGAAGAACUAAACUAUCACACUAAAACACAUGCCGGAGAGAAAUGUUUUGCCUGUUCACUUUGUGAUAAAAGAUACUUCACAAAGGCAAAUUUAAACACUCAUAUAAGAACACACACUGGAGAGAAGCCUUUCGCCUGCACACUCUGUGGUAAAAGAUUCACUCAGAAGGGACAUUUAGUAACGCACACAAGAAACCACACUGGGAAAAACACAUUUGAAUUGCAGUGUGUGACAUAACAUUCCGAUUUCUCCCACACAUUUUCAGUGGAAUAAACAUUUCAAUUUCCUUGUUCAGUUUCCUUCCUUAAAUUAAACUGCUUCAUUGAGACAUUGUCCGUCAGUUGAUCCACCAAAUUGAUUCCCUUACCAUCGUGAAGUACGUUGCUCAUCAUCAGUGUUGUCACUAACGCGUUAAGUAACGCGUUAUUGUAAUCUAAUUACUUUAUGUCUGUAACGAGAAAUCUAACGCAUUCAUUUUUCCAAACCAGUAAGCUGAAUAAAGUUAGUUUCCUUAGUGUCUGUGCAUUCCUAUUUUGUUAUUCCCUCAUAAUGUAUGUAGCAUGAAGAAUAUUGUAGUCAUGUACGAAGUGCAUUUUGAAUAGAAAAUGUUAGAAAGGUUCCCAUUACGCGCUCGUUUCCAUGGUAACUGCUCAUAGUUAAUUCCUGUUUUGGUCUCGAGUCUCACGCGCUAAGUGUUUUGGGAAUGAGAAAGGAGUGAGGUGCACAUUCGAGCCGAGUGCAGCCACCUGUUGAGAUGUGCGAGGGAAUGUUGAUCUUUGUGCGUCCCUGAAUGAGUGUGAGUAUUUUUCUUUCAAUCUGUAGGUUUCCCCAAUAGGUUGGAGCCGCUACAUGGACGGCUGUUUAGUAGCUUUUCCGCUGCAACGGUGGGUAGUCAUCGCUCCCCCUCGUUCUUGCGAAGUCGGCGAGCAUUAUUUACAUUCUUCGUGUUGCACAUUUAUGCCGUGAGGUAAAGUGUUCAUUUAGCAUCUUUGGGAUGUAUUGUGAGUCCAAUUAAGUGUAAAGUGCUUAGUUGCCGCCACGUUUUGUGGACAAAAUAUAUCACGUGUGUAUACGGCAUAUUUUCCGGGUUGUGCGCCCAUCUCAUCAGACCAUAGGAUAUGGUUCCAGUAAUCCAUGUGCCUUGUUGACAUGUCUUUGGCAAACUGUUCGCGGCCUUUCUUGUGUACCGUCUUCAGAAGAGGCUUCCUCCUCUGGUGACAGCCAUGCACACCAAUUUGAUGUAGAGUGCGGUGUAUGGUCUGAGCACAAACAGGCUGACCCCCCACCUCUCCAAUCGCGGCAGCAAUGCUGACAGCACUCUUGUAACGAGUCACAUGACAUUUUGGAGGGAAAAUGACAAGCAGUAAUCAAUUUGGACAUUUAGGGAUGUACGUAGUUUCUAAGGGGUGUACUCACUUUGUUGCCAGGGGUUUACAUAUUAAUGACUAUUGUAGAAGCCAUAUUCAUUGUCACAAUUCAGUGCAUCUAUUUGUUUAUUUUGAAACUGUUAUUGUUUUUGCCACCAGGGGUACCACCAAUGUCAUUAUGUAAUUUACUAUAAAGGUGCGCCUAGAGAGCUGCUGCUCAUUAGUGCACCUGGUGGACACACGGUUUUUACCAUAGCACGCCGUAGCAUGAGCGAAAUGGAAAGUGGACUGUUUGCUGAAUAAAUCAACCAAACCAAAACCAUCCAUGUGAGCAGGUCAUUGCCGCUAGCCUAUACGUACAUUCAGGCUCCGAAGGUGUACUCAGUAUUGGCUUGAUUUUGAAAAUGCCAAUACAGCUAUAUUUUGAGUUAUUUUGAGGGGAAAAUAAAUAACUUUAUUAUAUAAGCUGCACACAGACUACUUUUCAUUGUGUCAAAGUGUCAUUUUGUCAGUGUUGUCCCAUGAAAAGAUAUACUUAACCCUUUCUUUCCAAAUGUAUCACAUUUGAUACUUAGAAUUUC